AUGGAACACCACGAGGAACCUAUUCGAAAUGGAUAUGAAUCUCGUGCAGGUGCAACAGCUCUGCCGGAACCGUUAGAGUUAGCUGUCUGUCAGCCAAAUAUUUUGUGCAAAUUAAAACAGAAAUCAUUGCGUUCCACAUAUACAGAAAAUCGGAAGAAGCGUCUUGCAGUGAACCAGAUCCCCGGGGACGACGGUCUGAUCAUUCGCGAUGCUCAGUCGUUGCCUUCGGGCAGGAUUGAUAAUCACAGUUUCUUCGACAGUUCAAUCCUUGUGGCAAUUAGCAGGCAAAGUGGCAUACCAAUGCCGAAUCGCUAUGAUAUGGAAUGGCGUCUACCGAAGGAAUACAGUAUCCAACCGCGAGAAACUCAAGUGUCCAGUAGGCGUCGAAGGAAAGUUAUGGGUACUUAA